GGCCGCUUCUCUCCUGCCACAGCCCCUAUCAGGGAGGCCACCCGAUUUGGGAAGAUUCCCAGGAGUCUCCCCCGCCCCUUGGGGAACAGCUGAGGACCGGGAGGUGCAUCCGAGGGCCGAAAAGCCCUUUGAGAUUGAGCCCGAGUUCAAGGACCAAGUCUCCCCUCAAACCAGUUUACAGAUGGGAAAACUCGAGACCCAGAGAAGGGAAACACUCGACCAAGUCACCCCAGGCAAGAGCGGAAGGCCGAAACAGUUUUCUCCGCGAAGAUGGGAGUGCAUGUCCGCACAGUCCAUGCGGGAACUGUGGCCGAAGCCCAGCACUAACAGUGGCUGACCAGGGAAUCGAGACUGCGUGGAAGGCUGGAUUCUUCCUUGCCUCAGUUUCCCCAGCACUACGUCUGGUGGGGGUCCGGGGACGAGGCAACUGGCCAAACGGGCGCCUGCCAGGACUCUCCCCGCACCUCCCCAAGUCUGAUCGAAGUUCCUUUUGCAAGCUACCUCCCAGGCCUUUAAAAUACGGUCCUCCCGUUCGAGCCUCUCGGCGUUCUAUUGGAAAGACUCCAGGAUCCUACUCCAUUCUCUAGAAUGAACUGCUCAGACUACCGCGGGAGCUUUCUUGGAACUGUUAACUGCGCAGGCGCAAGAGCAACCCACCCGGAAGGCGGAAGCAGCGGGUCCCCACAACGCCGGGGGGUCGGGGGCGGAGAGUGUGCUUAACCAAUGACCUGAAGGAGCAGGGAGGGCGGGAUUAGGCCCGCAGUUGCUAAGCGCUACCCUAGUGGGAGGGGAUUUAAGAAAUGGGGUGAAGGGUGGUUCAAUGGCCCUUCACGUCAUCAUCCUUCUGGCCCUCGGAAGUUAAGCAACGAAGAGGCGGGCCUAGGACCGGAAGCAGGAAGGAGGGCGCAGGAAGCAGGGUGCUGCAGCUCGUCGUGCUGUCGGUCCGUGAGUCUGACGGUCCCGAGGGCAGGAUGGAGAAACUGCGGCUUCUGAGCCUCCGCUACCAGGAGUACGUGACUCGUCACCCGGCCGCCACGGCCCAGCUGGAGACGGCAGUGCGGGGCCUCAGUUACCUGCUGGCAGGUCGCUUCGCCGAUUCGCACGAGCUGUCAGAGCUGGUGUACUCUGCCUCUAACCUGCUUGUGCUGCUCAAUGAUGGCAUCCUGCGGAAGGAGCUUCGGAAAAAGUUACCUGUGUCGCUGUCCCAGCAGAAGCUGCUGACAUGGCUGAGCGUGCUCGAGUGUGUGGAGGUGUUCAUGGAGAUGGGGGCCGCCAAGGUGUGGGGUGAAGUGGGCCGUUGGCUCGUCAUCGCCCUCAUCCAGCUGGCCAAGGCUGUCCUGCGGAUGCUUCUGCUGAUCUGGUUCAAGGCUGGCCUCCAGACCUCACCCCCCAUCGUUCCGCUGGACAGGGAGACCCAGGCACAGCCCCCGGAUGGUGACCAGAGCGCUGACGGCCAGGAGCAGUCAUACGUGGGGAAGCGGUCGAACCGAGUGGUACGAACCCUCCAGAACACCCCGUCCCUGCACUCGAGGCACUGGGGAGCGCCCCCGCAGCAGGAGGCCCGGCGGCGGCAGCAGCACGAGGAGCUGAGGGUCACCCCCCCCACCCCGCUGGGGCUGCAGGAGACCAUCGCAGAGUCCUUGUAUAUCGCCCGGCCCCUGCUGCACCUCAGUGCUCAGCCUGGGCCUAUGGGGUCAGCGGUCGUGGACACCCUGGCUCCUGUCUGGGGCUGUGGACGUGACCAGCCUGAGCCUCCUGAGCGACAGGAAGGGCCUGAGCCGGAGGGAGCGGCUGGAGCUGCGGCGCCGGACCAUCUUGCUGCUCUCCUACUUGCUGCGCUCCCCGUUCUACGACCGCUUCUCCGAGUGAGGCCCGGCCCCGGCCCCUGCGCACGCCUUUCCCCCGCUCCCAUCCAGGGUUCGCCGACCGCCUGCCGUGUGCCAACCUGCGUGCAGUGGGCGAGGAUUCUCUUCCUGCUCCAGCUGCUGGCAGACCACGUCCCGGGCAUUGGCCUGGUUGCAAGUAAGUGCGGAAUGGGGGUGUGAUUACCGAGUAUCGCA